CAUGAAUUUCCCAAACUGUCUCUUCGUAAUGGGAUGAAUCUGUUAUUGGCAGUUCUCCGACUCCACAUGAGCGUGCCCCAUUGCAGUCUGUCCAUGCCAAUCGUCCUUUCCAAAGCAUUGCUGCUGACAUCACCGAGCUGCCCAUUACAUCAAAGGGUCAUCGGUAUGUGUUGGUCAUCAUGGACUAUUUCACACGCUACAUCAAUCUCUUUCCUCUGAAGGACCAGCGUGCCAUUACAGUAGCUCAGUGUAUCUUUGAGGAAUACAUCCGCCAUCAUGGCAUUCCUGAAACAAUUCACACUGAUCAGGGUAGACAAUUUGACUCAGAUUUAAUGAAACAGCUGUGCAGGAUGCUAGGGAUUGAGAAAACCCGCACAUCUCCAUAUCACGCACAAUCUGAUGGAAUGGUUGAGAGACUGAAUAGGACACUGAAGGAUCAGUUAGCUAAAUAUAUGUCUCAGAAUGGGACAGUUAUUUGCCACAGAUUGAACUCGCUUAUAACUCCAGUGUACAUUCAAGCACAGGGUUUUCUCCUCUUUCUGGCUCAUGGGAGAGAGCCUCACCUUCCAGUCGACAUUUUGCUAAAGUGUGACCCAGCUCUGACAUCUCCUACACCUGGUACCCCUGCAGCAUAUGCAAAUGACCUCACUACUCGCUUGUCACGGGCUCUGGGUGCGGCUGCUCAGAACUCAGCUGCAGCCAAACAGCAUCAGAAACUCCAGUACGACAAAAAGGCUGUAUUUCACCCUCACAAGGCCGGAGAUCUGGUAUGGCUUGAUGAUCCAGCUCAACGACAGAACAAGCUGGCUCCUAGAUGGAAGGGACCUUUUGUUAUUCUCAAACGGAUGGACAGAGGUGGCAGCUUGGGUGUCACAUAUGAGAUUACAGAUUCCAAGGACAAGCAUUCAAGAUGGUGGGUAGUACACCACAAUCGCCUCAAAGCCUAUAAAGGAACUCUGCCGCAAGAGCCAGUACAUAGUCAAGAACCUGCAGUUUCAGCUGAUGCUGGCAUGCAGCCUGAGCCCUGCCAUUCUAACAUCACUGCAUUAUCAGGAGCUCUUCCCUUUUGUCCACCUGCCCCCACAUAUGUACCUCCUCGGCCCAGUGUGCAGACUGAACAUGCUCAUGUGGGUAGCCCCACUCUGGAUUCUCCUCCUGCUCCUGUUCCUCCAACAGACUCUCAGCCUAGUACUUCCCAAAUGUCUGUGCCAUCUUCCGGCCCUGGGUCUCCCUUCCCAACUGUCCUUGCCCCCCUAUCCACGACACGCAGUGGCCGCAUAGUUAGGCCCCCGGCAAAGUUCAAGAACUUUGUGUUGUGACUUACAUGCUUAUACUACUGUAACUUUACGUUGUGUUUAGUUCUUACUACACUGAUACUUUGUUUUUGUGUUGACAAAUGUUACACUGACCGUUGUUACUGUUGGAAUGUUCUUAUGCUGUCACAACAAUUUGAAAUGAGGACAUGCUUUUGGGGCAUCCUUUCACAAUAGUGUGUAUUUGAUGCCCAUGUAUAAACCUUCCUUCAGACGCCUUGAGUGUAAGGAGAGAAUAGUAAAGAUUUGGUCAGAAGACAGUAUUUCCUCUCUCCAAGCAUGUUUUGACUGUACGGAUUGGCAGUGUUUUUAUGAUGCUUGUGAUGAUAUUAAUGAACUAGCUGACACGGUUUCAUCUUACAUUACAUUUUGUGUUGACACUACUAUUCCAACUAAAAAGGUUGUUAUUUAUCCAAAUAAUAAACCUUGGGUAACGAAAGAGCUCAAAACAAUACUCAAUAAAAAGAAAAAGAUUUUUUUUAUUGGAAAUGCUCUGGAGAAAAAGCUUAUCUCCAGAGAGGUACGAAACGAAAUUAGGAGGGCAAAAAUGAAAUAUAGGGAAAAGAUUGAAAGGCAGUAUAACAGGGGUAAUUUAAGAGAAGCCUGGCAAGGUAUCAAAAAAAUGGCCUCUGUUAAUCAAGGAGUAAACGAGAUACGACAGUCUAUUAGGAUUAACGGAGUGGUUGAGUCUGAAUUACCAAAUGUUUUUAAUAUAUUUUUUUUCGCGUUUUGAAAGGUCUGAGUUUUCAGAGAACGUGUCUAAGCUUAGAGGGUCCUUGGGGUCCCUUGUACCUCUGGAUGAGAUGGUGAUAACUCAGGAAUGUGUAGCAGAUUUGUUUAGGAGGGUGAAUAUGAGCAAAGCUGCCGGUCCCGAUGCCAUUUGUGGGCACACAUUGCGUCAUUGUGCUGACCAGCUCAGUGAGAUUUUCACAAGACUCUUCCAGUUGUGUAUUAAUUGUGGUCAGAUACCUUCAAUUUGGAAAACAGCCACGAUAAUUCCUAUUCCAAAACCAAGAAAUGCUAGGGAAUUAAGUGAGUUUAGACCAGUUGCACUCACAUCCCUGGUCAUGAAAAAUUUUGAAAAGAUUUUAAAAAAUAUAAUUGUCUCUUUCAUUGGUAACA